UCGAUUUUCUUAUCGAAUACAUGCAAACAAAGCUAUCUAACGGCUAUAAACAAACCGUAAUGGAAGAAUUAACAUGCCACAACGCUUAAUUUAGUUAUAUUCUAUCUUAAAUUCAUCCAUGAUGACCGAUCGUAAGUUUACAAAUCUGCGAAAGCGCUUGGACCAACUUGGCUACAGACAAGCUUUGGGUAUUGAGUCGGUGCCACUUGUGGAGAAAUUAUUUACAGAUCUUGUGCAUACUACAGAAAGCUUAAAAAAUGUUAAACUUCAGCUCAGUAAACGAGAUAAAGAGAGGACCACUUUUGAGGACAAUGCUGAGCCAUACAAAAGUGAUAAUGCAAAACUUGUGCGUGAAAACAACGAUCUUCACGUCCAGCUUAUUCGCGCCAAGGAAGAGGGCGAACAUGCUAUUAAAGAGCUCAAAAGUUCCUUGAGAAAAAUAGAACACGAGAAUGCCGAUCUGAAGUUCCUGAACACACAGUACGUGCAUAAAGUUAAGGCUUUAGAAAAAGACUCUAGUGAAAAAACUUUACGCAUUAGUGAAUUGCAGGAGAAGAAUUUGCAUGCAGUUGUGGAAACUCCUGGGGGCAGAAAGAAACAGAUUCCCACACGCAGGCAACGAAUGGAUAUAAAAAGUACCCUUAGUAGCAGUGAUCGUUCAACAAAGUCAGCCAGCUCAUAUGCACAUGAUCCAUAUGUGGCUGACCUGCUAAAUGUUGCUGAUAGCAGGAUUGAGCAAAUGCAGGGGAAAAUGAAUGAAAUGGAAAAUGAAAGAGAAGCAAUGGAAAGAAGAAACAAAACAUUGAGAAGACAGGUUGAGCAUCGCGAUAAAGAGAUUGAAAGACUUGGUCAUUUGCUUGAAGGCGGACGACCAUUGCAUGCCGUUAUGAAAGACACUAGACAAGAUAGUAGUGAUAAAGUUGUCGCACAUCUCAAUGUUCAGGUGGAUUACCUGCAGCAAGCGAACAAAGAUCUGGAGAAAAGAAUAAAAGAAAGUUCUAACACAAGAGAUGGACUCAGAUCACAAAUCAAAGAUCUUAGUGAAGAUAAUGAACAACUUCAAGUUAAAAUAAAGAAGUUGGAAAAGAAAAAACAUGUAGCCGAAGAACAGAGGGAUAAAGUAGCUACCAUUGCCGUGCAAGAUGCUGACGAAGCCAAGAUCGAGUUGCGAAAUGUUGAAAUCGAGCUAGAAAAAUUCAAAAGAGAAGUUGCUGAACUUCGAAAGGAACGACAACGGUGUAUAGAAGAAUGUGAAAGGCUUGGCGAUGCUGUAUCAUCUCUCGAUGAACAGAAAGAUAAACUGGAACGAUUGUUGGAAAAUUGUGAGGAGGAGAAAGUACGACUUGGAGAACGCAAUGCAAAACUGGCAUCUUCAGAACAUGACCUAAUCAUAAGUCUGGAAAAAUUAAGAUCCAAAAAGUCGCCAAGCAAGACUUCCAAGUCACCUUCUAAACAUGACGGGGUAAUCAAGUCUUUAGAAAAACAACUAGAUUAUUACAAGGAAGAAUGUGCCUCACUUCAAGAAAUGGUUAAGAAAAAACUUGUGGAUUCUGCUCAACCUAGUCCACGAAAGAAAGGAAAGUCGGAUGCACGAUGGCAAAGUAUGUUAAGGAUCAUGGAGGAAGAACGAGAUUAUUACAAGACAGAAUACGAAACUUUACGUAAGAAGAAAAGUGCAGGAAAAUCGCCAACGAGUAAAGAAAAGAUGUCAAGUAGUACCAGUGAAGUUGCUCGAUUAAGAAGGGAAAGAGAUGAUCUUCAAGCGUUACUGGAGAAAUUUGAAAAACAUCUUGCUGAUAUCCAAGAAAAUGUCAAAACAGUUGUAAGCGACCGAGACAGUGUACAAUUACUAUAUGAACAGGCAACUGAAGAAAUUCAGAGAUUAAGACGCCAAGUAACUAGAUCCAGGUCUCCCUCGCCUUCACGGACAGUAUCGUCAAUAAUAUCUCGGGUCGAGGCUGAGAGAGACGAAGCAUUGGCUGAUCUAAGGAGAGCUUCCAGCGAGGUUGAAUCGCUACAGGAACAGCUGAAAGUCAGAACGGACAGUGCUGUUUCAGAAAGACGAAGACAUCAACAAAGCAUUGCAGAUUUAGAAUCUGCGUUAGAGAAGCUCGAGAAAGAUAAACGGGAUGCUGAGAUGAAAGUUGCGUCGCUCAAGAAAAGCGUUUCCGAUUUGGACGAACAACUUCGGCAAACAUCGUCGAAGUUCGUGUCCUGUCGUGAUACCACGCUCGAAAGAGAGGCCGAGGCAAACAAAAUGAGGUUGAUUGCAGAACAAGCUGAGAGGUCCGUUGAAGACUGUCAACGUCAGCUGGCUAGGAAAAAUGAUGACCUUAGAGAGAACGAUGAAAAAUUAGAAAGCAUGGAAGAAAGGAUAGACGAGAUGGAGAAAGUAAAUUCAGCUUUACGACAAGAUAUCGUCAAACUGCGUGGUACAGUCAAGUCUCUCGAUAUCGAGAAAGAUAAUUUACAGCAACAGGUUGACGAAAAAACGGAACGUGUUAUGGCACUUGAAGCACGACGUACAAAACAGGACAAGAAUGAAAAUGAGUUGAAACUGACCAUUGAUGACUUAGAAGCCAAAUUACAGCAUGCUCUGAGCGAGGUAGAUCAAAAACAGCGAGAAAUCAAAACAUUGAAACGUGAUAUGGACAGAAAGGACGAUGAUUUGGGUGAGACAACGAGAUUACGCGAUGCUGUUAGUAGGGAGAACAAGAGGGUGCAGGAAGAUCUCGUCACUAUGACGGCCGAGAAUCAGGCUGUCCAUCAAGAGUUGGAACAAUCUUUACAGGAGCAAGAAACUCUCAAAAUACAAAUCAGGGAGUAUACAACACAGGUUGCAAGAUUUGAAGAAUUGCUGGCACAAAAGGACCUCGAAAAAGAAGAACUUCUGGAACAGUUCCGUGCGUUAAGCAGUGAAGCUGAGAAGUUGGUGACCGACGCUCGUGUAUCUGAGGGACAAGUAAGCAAUUACAAGACUGAGCUAAGACAAAAAAUGCAAGACGAUCUUGAACUCAGGGAAAGAUUGAGGAGUUUACAAGUUGAACUUGACCAGCGUACAUUGAAUGAGAAAUCUUACGAAGUUCAACUAUCUAAUUUGACAAAAUCUCUGCAAUCGAUGGAAGAACAGCUAAGGCAAAGUGACGAGGAAAAGGAAGGUUUACUUGCUGAUCUAUCUGCAGUCCGUGAACUUUGUGUAAAGCUCGAUCAGAUGCGAGAUUCAUUGACUAAGCAACUUACAUCGAAAUCAAUGGAUAAAGAUGAGCUACAACAAAUGUUUAAUGAUGCUCAAGAAGAAAUUGAUACGUUAAAGUCCCAGGUGUUUCGUGAGAAGUCAAAUGUUGAAAACCUCGAGGGUAUACUCUCUGCAACAAGAAGCAGGGAGUAUUUGGACAAGGAAUCAUUGGAGGAUACUCUUGAUGAAGUUGACCAGCUUCGAUCCAGGCUUUCAACUACUGAUAAAGAAAAGAUCUUGCAGAAGCGAGAACUGGAUACGUUGAGGACAACAUCCGAGAGAUUAUCAAGUGAAGUCAGCGAUUUACGGAAACAACUAAUCUCAGAAAAAUACGAGAAGGAGAGAGAAGCUAGGAGAAGGUCAGCACCAGUCAAAUCGGGAAAAACAGUUUCCAGCAAACGUUCUGUGGACCGUGAUCGCAGUAGUGACAGCGAUUUCUUGCAGACCUUGCCUCGAGGAAGAUCAUCACCGCUAUCAUUCCUUGGUACUCGUCACGAAAGCGUCAUAUCACCAAUAAACCACAUCGAUAAAGCCUUGUAAAUAGAUCCAUGUAAAAAUAGGUAUAAUUUGCCUGUUUAAAAUAGGCAAUAUCUAUAGUUAGCUCGCUUAAAUAUGCCACGUUGUGCUGGAAAAUGGAAGACCGAGCGACUCGUCAACAUUCUUAAUGUUCGUUUUCUCAUUUUCUAUAAUCUUUCUCCCUUUUGGUAGCUGGUAGGCAGGCCUUUGCGAAAAUAAUUUAGCGUGUUUCUCUCAGAGUGAUGACGAUGGAACGGGCGUUUGUAUUCUGAGAUACGUAACUUGAAAUAUAAACACUCCAUGCGGUAGUAAGAAGAUUAAAGGCAAAUUUUAGAAAUUCGAGGAAAUACUAGUUCCCAAUGAAGAUUUUUAGGUCUGUUCACACGAUCCAACUUUGCUGGAUCCAAUUGACUUCUGGACGCGACAAGAUUUUUUUCAAUGGUCCUUGAUUAGAAAUACUUUUGUUUGUAUAACUUCUUAAAAAUAGUCCAGCCCAACAGGUGCAAAUUUAUACAGAUGUGUAUCUAGAACAUCGUAUAGGUUUCGCUUUAAAACAGUGUAAA